GAAACAUUAAUACUGCCAGCUUGUAAAGCCAUCGUAAAUGAGAUGCUCGGCCCUGACGCGGCCAAAGAGAUCGCUAAAGUGCCUCUCUCAGAUAACACAAUUGCCAGACGUAUUGAUGAUAUGUCUGCGGACAUCGAAACUAUUGUUUUGGAAAAGAUGCGCAUCUGUAAGAAAUUUGCCUUGCAAAUUGAUGAGUCGACGGAUAUUAGUGGACAUUGUCAGCUCUUGGCCAACGUGCGUUUUGUGGAUGGAGAAGCCAUUAAAGAAAACUUCCUAUUUUGCAAGACACUGCCAGAAAAAUCAACAGGAGAGGAAAUAUUUCGGGUCACGUCGGAAUAUUUUGACAAAAGCGGGCUUUCGUGGGAAAACUGCACAGGUGUCUGCACUGAUGGAGCCGCAGCCAUGGUCGGGCGCGUCAAAGGCUUCGUAAGUAGGGUCAAAGAAAAAAACCCGGAUGUUAUUGUUACGCACUGUUUUUUGCACCGUGAGGCACUCGUUGCAAAGACCUUACCAGCAGAUCUAGCUCCUGUGUUGGAUGAUGUUGUGCGCAUAGUGAACUUUGUGAAGACGCGACCUUUGAAAUGUCGCUUAUUUGCGUCUUUGUGUGAGGAAAUGGGAGCGGAACAUAAAGUCUUAUUGCUCCACACGGAGGUCCGGUGGCUGUCGCGCGGCAAAGUGCUUGCCCGUGUGUAUGAGCUGCGAGAGGAACUUAAAGUAUUUCUGACAAACGAGAGGUCCGAUUACUCAAAGCUGCUUGCAAGUAAUGAGUGGUGUGCAAAGCUGGCAUACCUGGCUGAACACACGGAUGCAAGGCCGAAAUGA